UAGAAGUUUGUGGUUUUCUGCAUAAAUCUGAAUAAGUGAAAUGCAUGUUUUCUAACAAUUUAGCAAAGUAGGUUUAAGUACAACACAUGGUGGCGCUCUAAGCUAAGGCUCAAGAAAAACAAAACAAAACAGCCCUGCAGAUUGUUACUGCUCUGGCAGAAAGUCAUAUAUAGAGCUAUCUAAGAGGAGUCUUAACCGGAUUGCAUUGUUGCAAGGAUUGCUUCCCAGACCCACCUACAUCCCGGAGCAGACUACCGACAGAUCCACCUAGGCACUCGGACCCAGCACUGCCUGAGGCCUUAUUUCCCUGAAGGCUUUUUUGUAUUACAGAAAUGGAGGCUGAAGAGGGGCGCUUUCCUAGACUAAGGCAAGUUCUGCUUCUCUUUGUUUUACUGGCUCAGACGUGCUCGGAGCGAGUAGGGUAUUCUGUGGCAGAAGAAACAGAGAGGGGUUCUUUUGUGGCCAAUCUAGCAAAAGACCUGGGGCUAAAGGUAGGAGAACUGUCCUGGCGGAGGGCUCGGGUCAUUACUAACGAUAACAAAAAGCACUUUCAGCUGAAUCUUCAGACCGGAGAUUUGCAAGUAAAUGAGAAACCAGAUCGGGAAGAACUGUGCGGCUUUACUGAGCCUUGUGUGUUGCAAUUCCAGGUGUUACUGGAAGAACCUUUGGAGGUACAUAGGUUUAACAUUUUGGUCGGUGACAUAAAUGACAAUUCCCCUGUGUUCCCAGAAGUGGAAAUGACUCUGAAAAUCAUGGAAAACAGUCUUCCAGGGACUGUCUUUCCCCUGAAGAAUGCACAGGAUUUGGACGUAGGCAUCAACAACAUUCAAAACUACACCAUCUAUCCCAAUUCCCAUUUUCAUGUUUUCACCCGCCACGGCAGUGAAGGCAGAAAAUACCCAGAGCUGGUGCUGGACAAAGCCCUGGAUCGUGAGGAGCAGCCUGAACUCAGGUUAACCCUUCUGGCGGUAGAUGGGGGGGCUCCUCCCAAGACUGGCACCGCCCUGGUCCUCAUUGAUGUAUUGGACAUCAAUGACAAUGCUCCUGAGUUUGCAAAGCCAAUCUAUCACGUGCAAAUCCCUGAAAAUAGCCCCCUGGGAUCACUUAUUGUCACUGUUUCUGCUACAGAUUUAGACACAGGAAUAAACGGCGAAAUAUUCUACUCAUUUUUUUAUGGUGAUGAAGAGAUUGCCAAGACAUUUGCACUUAAUGAACUCACAGGAGACAUUAAAAUAAUUAGUACCUUAGAUUUUGAAAAAAUUGCAUCAUACCACGUAGAUAUUAAGGCCUCUGACGGGGCAGGUCUUGCUGGAAAAUGUACUGUCCUAAUGCAGGUGAUGGAUAUAAACGACAACACCCCAGAACUGACAGUGGCGUCACUUACAAGCCUCAUCCCGGAAAAUUCCCCUGAGACCACAGUAGCUAUUUUCAGUACUCAAGACCAAGACUCUGGGGAAAAUGGAAAGAUGGUUUGCUCCAUCCAGGAAGAUGUCCCUUUCAAGCUGAAACCUUCCGUUGAGAAUUUCUACAGGCUGGUAACAGAAAGAGAGCUAGACAGAGAGAGCAGAGCCGAGUAUAACAUCACCAUCACAGUCACCGAUUUGGGGUCUCCUAGACUGAAAACUGAGCGCGUGAUAACAGUGUUGGUCUCCGACGUAAAUGACAACGAGCCCACCUUCACCCAAACUUCCUACACCAUGUUCGUCCGCGAAAACAACAGCCCCGCCCUGCACAUCGGCAGCGUCAGCGCCACUGACAGAGACUCGGGCACCAACGCCCAAGUCACCUACUCGCUGCUGCCGCCCCAGGACGCGCACCUCCCCCUCGCCUCCUUGGUCUCCAUCAACGCCGACAACGGGCACCUGUUCGCGCUCAGGGCCCUGGAUUACGAGGCCCUGCAAGCAUUCGAGUUCCGCGUGGGCGCGGCCGACGCGGGCUCCCCGGCGCUGAGCAGCGAGGCGCUGGUGCGCGUGGUGGUCGUGGACGACAACGACAACUCGCCCUUCGUGCUGUACCCGCUGCAGAACGGCUCUGCGCCCUGCACAGAGCUGGUGCCCAGGGCGGCCGAGGCGGGCUACCUGGUGACCAAGGUGGUGGCGGUGGACGGCGACUCGGGCCAGAACGCCUGGCUGUCCUACCAGCUGCUCAAGGCCACGGAGCCCGGGCUGUUCGGCGUGUGGGCGCACAACGGCGAGGUGCGCACCGCCAGGCUGCUGAGCGACCGCGACGCGCCCAAGCACAGGCUCGUCGUGCUGGUCAAGGACAACGGCGAGCCGCCGCUCUCGGCCAGCGUCACGCUGCACGUGCUGCUGGUGGACGGCUUCUCCCAGCCCUACCUGCCGCUCCCGGAGGCGGCCCCGGACGAGGCCCAGGCCGACUCGCUCACCGUCUACUUGGUCAUUGCCUUGGCCUCGGUCUCGUCGCUCUUCCUGUUCUCGGUGCUGCUGUUCAUCGCGGUGCGGCUGUGCGGGAGGCGCAGGGCGGCCUCGGUGCCUGAGGGCCACUUUCCGGGCCACUUGGUGGACGUGAGCGGCACCGGAACCCUGUCCCAGAGCAACCAGUAUGAAGUGUAUCUGGCGGGAGGCUCAGAGAGCAGUGAGUUUAAGUUCCGUUAGUCUGGUGUACCCAACCAUGGGAAGGCUAUCAGUGAUAUGGAGGAAAAUUCCAACUUUGGAGAUAGUUUUGGAUACAAUUAGGAAUCUUUUGAUUUUUCAUUGCAGUCGACAUGAAGGUUAUUUCUAAUAUACUAGUUCUGCAUUAGCUAUUCGGGUCCAUAUAUAAUUCUUUUUUCUAAUUUCAUCAUCCUAGUUAAGGAGAUUAGAAAUUUUCUUUGAGUAUAUCCUCAUAUUAGUUUUUAUUAUUUCCAUUUUGAUGGAGACAAUAGAACCUUCAAUUUUACUCCAUUACUGUAAAAUCAAGAAUAUUUUUUCAAUUUAUCAACAUUUCCAUUUCAAAUACUAUUGAAUUGAAGGUCACCCCACCCCCAUUCUCUGUGUGAUUGUUGUCCAGAAACUUUUUAUAAACUGCUGAUGCCUGUGGUUUUACUUAGAGGACAAACAUGAUAAGAAAACAAUUUGUUAGCAGCGUAUCUUCUGUUGAAUCUGAUAUUGUGGUUACCAUAUCUUUUGAAUUUUUCAAAGGAAAUAUUUGCAAAAAUUGUUUUAGUUCAUAGUUGCAUUAAAUGGAAAAUACUACAAUCUCUCCCAUACAUAUAGGCUUUCCCUUGUUUAUAUCAACCAUCAAUAUAUAAUACAAUGAAUAUUAUGGAAAGAUAAUUAUUUCAAGAUUUUAAUAGAUCCCUUUUGUGGUAUUGUUUAGGCCACACACCUUUCUCUAGAAACUACUCCUGUCUUCAACAGAACAUUUUGCAGCCAUGUUUAUUUUACAUGACCCAUCUCCCUCUGUUAUUUCAGACAAUCAGACAAGGUGUCAAGAAUCGCUGAUUCAAGCUGGACCAAUCUGAUUCUCUCUGUUUAAAAAAUAGCUUUAGAAACAAGAUGUAACGUGUUCUUUCAAAAACUUAACAAGAAAGUGAUGUUGUAUUAGCUUAAGUGCAUGGAAAGAAAUACAGAAAAUCAAUCCACUGAGAGACAAGAAUGAAAGAGAUGCUUAACCAGAGAAGCAGAGCAUCCAAGAGAGUCACCUUGUUGUAGAUUUUCUUUUUGUAAAUUUUUCAGUCCCUCCCAAGUUUACUUUCUCCUUUGGGUUUUGGAAACAAAUGUGGGUUCUUUUAAUAAAUUUCUCCUAAUUAAGACA